AUUGUUUCGUCUCUAAAAUGUCUGCCAUGAAUCACUUCAAGCCUCGUGAAAGUACGCCCGAUGCGUGGGUGGGUUAUGUGUUUUCAAAAAUGUAAAAAGAGUGUGUAGGCUAUUGUACAAUAGUAGUAGCCGAUGGUGAUGAAAAAGAGACGAAUUACAUGAUAGUGCGGUAGUUUUGCGCAGAGAAUCAGCAAACAACUCGAAUAGUCGCGAAAACGCCGGCGAAAGAUAUAAAAGUAGUGAUGAUGGUGAAUACGCUAUGGUUGUGGGCAGCUCUGACUGUGUGUACCACUCACGCUUUUAAUCUGGAGCCACGAAUACCUGUUAUCAAAAGAGGACUGAAGGGCUCCUAUUUCGGUUACUCGGUGGCCGAACAUCAGGAAGUCGAGUCCUCACUAUCGAAAUCUACAAGCUGGAUGCUGGUAGGUGCACCACUAGACCAGAAUCGACAACCAGGGACAAAUAGAUCAGGAGCAUUAUGGCAAUGUCCACUGACUACUUAUACAAGAGAUUGUACUCAAGUCAUUACCGAUGGAAGAUUUAAGGACAAUAUUCUAGUAUACAGACCAUACGAAUACGAAUUGUAUGAUUCAAGUAUAGAAUCAGAUGAUUUAGUACCACCAGGUAAAGACGAAAUAAAGGAUAAUCAAUGGCUAGGAGUUACUGUACGCAGUCAGGGAGUGGGAGGCAAAGUAAUGGUAUGUGCACACCGGCAUAUUGUCAAAACACUUGAUUCUCGAUGGGGUCAGGGCCAAUGUUAUAUACUAACUCAAGAUUUAAAGUACAACGAUUUGAAAAAGCCAUGUUCCGGGAAGCCUACGAACAAAGCACACGAACAGUUCGGCUAUUGUCAAGCCGGUACUAGCGGUUUAUUAACUGUAGAUGAUCGCGUGUUGAUUGGUACACCGGGUCCACAUACUUGGAGAGGCACUGUGUAUCUGUUCACUGUGUCCGACGAAUUUCUGACACGGGACAAUACUGUUUAUAGCGCGCCGAUGCAAGAUUUGUCGCCCGUAAAUAAAUAUAGCUAUCUCGGAAUGUCUGUAGCAGUUGGAAACUUCUUUGGUAAUGGUUCGGCUUAUGCCGCGGGUGCGCCACGUUCUAAUGGCACGGGGCAGGUAGUUUUAUUUACCAAACAGGAUCAUAUAUCGGAUAUGGAGGUUACGCUCAUUCUUGACGGCGAACAGUUUGCCUCGAGCUAUGGGUACGAAAUUACGUCGGCAGACGUAAACGGAGACAAAAUAUCUGAUUUAAUUGUGGCGGCGCCGUUUUAUUUCAACAAAGUGGAAGGCGGUGCUGUUUAUGUCUAUACUGCACUGGAUAUAUGUAAAACAAUGAGGGAUGACGAGAGAUGUCUGCCCGUCAAGCUUGUCGGUCGUGAGGAAUCGAGGUUUGGAUUUGCGCUUACCAAUUUGGGCGAUUUGAAUAAAGAUGGAUAUGAAGAUGUGGCGAUCGGCGCUCCGUACGAAGGAAAAGGAGCAGUUUACAUCUAUCUCGGCUCCAAGAAUGGCAUAAUUAAAACGCCAUCGCAGGUAAUACAUGCUGAAGACAUGCCCUCGCCACUGAAAACUUUUGGUUACUCUCUAAGCGGAGGUAUUGACAUGGAUCACAAUGGUUACUCAGAUCUCUUGAUCGGAGCAUAUGAGGAUGAUGCGAUCGUGCUUCUCCGUUCUAAGAAGAUAAUCGAUAUUUCUACGUAUGUGCGUUACGAAAAGAAGGACGGAACAUAUCAAGAUAAAAUAGAGCCCAUCGAUCCCAAUAAAAUUGGAUGCUUGAUCGAUCCUGAUUCGAAUCAUACAUGUUUCUCGUUUGAGGCUUGUUGCAAAACGGAAUCGCUAGUGAAAGAGGAGUCUAUGCAAAACUUAAAAUUGAAUUAUUAUAUCGAAGCAGAGACUUAUGCUGGAGCUAAGAAAUUUUCGAGGGUCUGGUUCGGUACAGAUAGUAAUGCUCGGCAUCAUUACGUUAAUCGAACGGUCACUUUAGAUACCACUAAACUUACACAUUGUCAAAGGGAAAUUGUUUAUUUGAAGGAGAACACGCGUGAUAUACAAUCACCUAUUAAAUUCCGCUUGAAUUAUUCUUUAAUACAAGAAGAGCCGGUCAUGCCUCCCGAGGGUGCUCCUCUACCCGACAUAAAAAAUUAUCCGAUACUGAAUCAGCAAGAAGCCGCUCGUGUGUUCGAAGCAGUUUUUCAGAAAGACUGUGGUAACGACGACAUCUGCGAAAGUGAUUUGCAAGUGAAAGCUGAACUGAAUUUAGCAGCUUCCUCAGUAAAACCGGACUUCUACGAGCUACUCUUAGGCGAAAGAGAGGAAAUAGUGGUGGAAGUGAACGUGGCGAACAUCGGUGAAUCUGCGUACGAGGCUCAGCUAUUCAUCGUCCAUUCGCAGAACUUGAACUACAUAGCCAGCAAGAGCAAUGACUCCGUGAUCUGUAAUUUACACAAUGCUACCCUAGUGUCGUGUUCCAUUGGCAAUCCCUUUCAGAAGAAUAAAACUGCGGACAUACAAGUGAGAUUUGAUCCGAAGGGUCUCGAAGACAACGAGUCUCAGCUGGGUUUCACGAUUUUCGCUAAUUCUACGUCGAAGGAAGUCAAGGACAAAAAACCCACUGUGUUGCAAGCAACUGUGUUAAAGCGUGCUGAACUCUCGAUUAAAGGGAGUGCAAAAACUCAGUGGGCAUUUUACGGUGGUCCUGUAGUUGGUGAAUCUGCGAUAAAGCACUUGAACGAGGUUGGACCGAAGGUGUCGCAUAUUUAUGAGGUUUUUAAUGAAGGACCGUGGAAAGUUAGUACUCUGGAAGUGCGGAUUUCAUGGCCUUACGAAGUGGCAAAUGACAAAGCGCAUGGAAAAUGGCUGCUGUACAUGGAAGAGUUACCAACUAUUCAAGCUUUAGGCGAUGGUGAAUGUACUCUGCCACCGGGACAUGUAGUUAAUCCAUUGAAGCUGCAGGAUAGUGACAACUUUGAUGAUAUCGAUAAUAUUUUGCAAUCUUCGACUUUAUCACCAAUUUUGUACAAUCAUACUAAUCACAUAAGAACAACGCGAGAUACAGAGAAAGUAGUCAAUACGCGAACGAUUAUCGACAAGGAUGGACAUCGACAUCGUGUAGUUGCAAUGAAUUGUAAAGCCGGCACAGCAAAGUGUUUCGACAUCACGUGUUACAUAUACAAUUUGCAGAGGAAGCAAGAAGCUAUCAUCACUGUUAAAGCAAGACUGUGGAAUUCUACUUUGGUCGAAGAUUACCCGAAAGUGGAUAUGGUCAAAAUAGGUUCCAAUGCUAGGAUAGUGAUACCUCCAAACGUUAUAAUACAGCAAGAAAACUUGAAGGACGAUCACGCUAUUGCCGAGACAAUCGCUUAUCCGGAUUUGUUGGAUCAGCAAGAAGCCGAGCCAGUGCCAGUGUGGGUAAUCAUUGUUGCUGUAGUAGCGGGUUUAUUGUUGUUCAUAUUGCUUACCUUAGUAUUGAGGAAACUCGGCUUCUUCAAAAGGCGACGUCCAGAUCCGACUUUGUCUGGGAAUCUCGAGAAGCAUAAUCGCGACGAUAAUCCCGAAAGCGAGGCGUUAUUCAAGCACUGAGAAACGUGAACAAUCGAAACGUCUCGAAUAUUUGCAACGAAUUAAUCAUAAUUACUUAAUUGAAGGUACUUAUGAUAAAGAGAGAUGCACAUUUUCGUGUGUAUAUCUCAUUUCCGAUUUUAUACUGCCUGAGUUUUUAAAGUGCAUAUUUUGCACGCGUGAGCAGCUAAAUAGCACGUGAGAGUGAAUAACAUAGAUUGUGAUAUUGUUGUACUAAAUACGUUUUAUGCGCACGCGACAAAUUUUUCUCGAAGGUAUUCAGCAUUUCGUUGUAUACUGGGCAUGAAUGUUUUAACAUUCACAUCUUAUCUGAAGUUUUCCGUUUCCUAAAAGCCAUCAGCUUUUUAUUUUUAUCUCCAGUCAUUAAUUAUUUAAAAAUUGUAGUACCUGAAUAUUUUUUUCCAAAAUUCGUUGUUAAAGUCAAAUGAUGAAAUGUCAGGAUAGAAAGAAGACCCUGCAAGACCAGUAGCUAGAUACGAUACGUAAAAUCGAAGUAUGUUCAGUUAGUGAAUGUUAAGUCAUUUAUGUCGCUUAAUAUAAUGAAACAGUGAUUUUUUAUCAAAUAGAAAAAUAAUUGUUAUUUGUUUAUGGAUAUUUCACUCGUGCCAUUUUCGUAUACAUGUUGAAAAGCAUUUACAUAACGAAAAUUAAUCAUUCUUGCAGUAUAGAUAUCGUUCUGCACCUGCAUUAUUUUCACAAAUUGAGGACACGAAUCAAUUUUAUAACAGUCAACAUGUCUGUUUCUGCAAAAGUUUCUCAUUUAUAUUAUUUUUUAGAAAAUAAUAUAAAAUUAUUUUCAAAUUUUCAGAAAGAUAAGAUCUUUCUAUAUUUCAAUAAAAAAAUAUGUAAAUUUAAUUAUUAAAAUUGCGGCAUGAAACGUAAUGAAUCAGAUAAUUAAAUGUGUUAGUCACAAGACACAAAGUUGGUUAAAAAUAUAUUUAAAUAUUUCUCUAAUUUGGAAGAUUAAUUAUUUAGACGUUUUGUCUUUGAUUUCUCACACACUUUAUGUGAGAUGCUUCCAAUUUAAAUAUCUUUUUAUAAGUUUGAUGGAUAAUAAAUGAGAGACAGCUAUUUUUUGUCAUCACGUAAUAUAGAGAAAAUCAUUUUACUUAUAUUUACAUAUUUACAUUAUUUUUGAUUUACAAUUGUAUAUUCAGUGACUAUAUAUAAGGUUUAUACACUGUAUUAUAUAAUCAACAUUUGACAAAAUAUUAAACUUUAUAACGUUUCGUCGCGAUAGGGACAUGUCUGGAAAAAUGUCCAGUGACCCUUAAGUAAUAAGGGCGACAAUAUUGAAUAUUAAAUAUUUAGGAAAAUAGAAAACAAAUUUUUUUGCUCUGUUAAAUUGAUAAAUAGGUACUUAAACAUUCGCACAAGCUAUUGUCGCCUACAUUUAAUCAUGAGAUAUGAGAUAUCUUCAGUCAUAGCAUAAAUAUUUAUGAAAUUAAAGUAAAGGACUGAUUUUUUUCAUAUAAUCUGCAUUUCGACGCGUUAUACAUAUGCGAAAAGUUGAAAAGGAGACAGAUUUGCACAUAAAUAACAUAUUUAUAACAAGUCCGCUAUAUACAUAUAAAAGUGCAAAUCUGUACAAAUUUAUAUUCUGUACAGAUCUUACAAAUCUGUAAAGAUGAUAAUGUUGCUAUCUUCCUGCCAAUGUUUAUUAUGCUGUCCUAGAAAAAAAAUUUAUAUGUGAAUAUUUAAUUGAAUAUUUAAAAAAUUUUAUUGCAAUAUUUUUAUUAUAUUUUUCAAAGAAUUUUUUUAGUAAUGUUAUAUAUAUAUAUAUAUAUAUAUACACGGUAAAGUCUAUAUUUAUGUAGCAAAUAGAAUUAACAUAUCUUAAUACAUUUUAUUAUUAAUUAUGAAAUAAAAUUUUAUUCUGAUAUCA